ACCAGACUAAAAGUUAACCCACGAAACUUCAAGCUUCAGCUUACAGCUUUUCUUUAGAGUCAUGCCAUUAUUAUUGCUAUCUCUUUCAACUCGCACAGUUUGUUUCUGUGGACACACACUUCCCAGUUCACCACCAAAUAAUGGCACUGAAAGGCAACCGAACCCUGGACAUACUCAGGAAAGCUGAGGACGAAGGUUAUGGUAUUCUGGCACAGAGCUGCUACGAUGCCCACUCAGUGAUUGGACUCGUGCGAGCCGCAGAGCGGUGUCGAAGUCCUGCCGUUGUCAACCUUUUCCCGAUUACUUUGGCAUAUGGUAAAGGGCCAUUCCUUCAAUUCUGUUUGAAUGCCGCUCAUCAAGCAUCCGUCCCUAUCGCUGUAAACCUUGAUCAUGCGACUGACCCCGAACAUCUUGAGCUCGCUCUCAGCCUCGCAGAACAGGGAAUCGCUUUUGAUAGCAUCAUGGUCGAUGCCAGCCAUGCUGAUACUGAUGAAGAAAAUAUCGUACUCGCUCGACCCUACGUUCAGCGUGCUGAAAAAUGUGGUAUCGCUGUCGAAGUUGAGCUUGGACGUCUAGAGGGCGGUGAAGCAGGCCUGCGAAUGAUCUCGGAUGCGAAGCUAACGAAUCCCGACAAGGCUGAAACAUUUAUGAAAGGAACGGGGGCGCUUGUUCUGGCUCCUAGUAUAGGCAAUCUCCACGGUUCCUACAUCAAUCCGCCAAACUUCAGACAGGACAUUCUUAAGGAUUUACAGUCGAAAUUCAAAGGUAAAAUUCCUCUAUGCUUGCAUGGUACAGAUGAACUCCCAGACAAUUUGUUUGUCGAGUGUAUAAAGAACGGGGUUAGCAAGAUCAAUGUCAACAGUUGGGGUCGCGAUCCGUACGCCAAACAACUUGCAAUUGGAUUGCAAACAAAAUCUUUCCCAGAGGCUGUCGAGGAGGCCACAGAGGUGUUUGCGUCCGUAUGUGAGCGCUUCAUGAAGCUUUUCGGGUCAGCAGGCAAGGCGUAAAUGGCUCUUUACAUCUGCUGUGUGCCCCUGAAAUCCGUCAAAAAGCUUUUUCUGUUUUAUAUGAUUCGAGAGAUAUAAUUAUCGAGAUAAUGUGCUCUCUUAAAGCUUCAUCAGUGGACAAGCCUGGGAAAUCCCAAUAUAUAUGUGUCAAGAAUGUGACGGAUGCCAAUAGAGCAAUGGUCUUCAGCU